AUGGGAGGCAACAACAGGCAGAAAAAAUCCUCCUUCUCAUUCUUCAGCUUGUUCAAAUCGAGGAGGCCUCGCAGAGGAGAUGACAUGGGGGAGGAUUUUUAUAUGAGUGCAAGAAGGGUGUGGAUUAGUGAGGAGGACAGAGGUGGGUGGGUAGCUGAGCCCGGCAUCGACAACAAAGCUACUGCUUUCAUUGACAGAAUCCACAAGUGCAUUGUCUCAGAAUCUGAUUGCCAAACCUUAACUGUAAACCCUGCUGGAAAGUCCUAA